AUGACGGAGAGGAAUAAGAAGGUAGACGCGACGAGGGGGAAGGGAAUAUCUAACAAACUUAUGGAGGUUAUUCACGAAAUAAAGAAACUUGACAUGGACAUCGUCGCACUUUCGGAAACGAAGAAGAAGGGGAGCGGUAAUAUAGCUAUAAAUGACUACGUUCUUAUAUGGUCGGGGAUUCCCAAAGUAGAACGGGCCAAAGCGGGCGUUGCACUAUUGGUUAAGAGAAAAUGGGUGAAAUAUAUCAAAGAUAUUCAAUACGUGAACGAACAAUGUCUGGUUGUUAAAAUUGAACUCUAUGGAAGAGUCGCCAGCAUACUGGCAGUGUACGCACCGACGGAGGACAGCCCGGAGCAAGUAAAAACAGAAUUCUAUGAGGAAUUGACAUCGCUAAUCCAGAAUAUUCCCAAUAGGCAACAAAUCAUUGUGGCAGGAGAUAUGAACGCUAGAGUUGGUAGCCGAGUUGGCGAUGAGGUGGGUAGAUAUGGCGAAGUGGUGGUUAACUCCAAUAGAGGGAAAUUGAUAGAGUUUUGUAAGCAGCACGACCUACAAAUAACCAACUCUCACUUUAAUCACAAAAAGAUUUAUAGAUUCACGUGGGAAAGAGCGUCGUUAGAGCAGAAGUCAAUUAUCGAUUACGUUAUAGUAAGACAGGACACUUUGUUCAGGGUUAACGACACUAGAGUUAAAAGAGGACCUAAUUGUGGCUCAGACCAUUACCUUGUGGUUAGUAAGUGCUUUUUCCCCAUUGUAAGUCAGAAGAUAAGGGCUGAGGAAGAGGACGGCGCGAUGGGGAAAAUCGAAUUACCGAAGUAUAAGACGUAUCUACUUCAACAGGACAGCAUCAGGGGACUGUAUGAGCGAAGGCUGAACGGGUACUUACAGACCAAUCACGAGAGCGCACAGGGCGAGGAAAUGGAUAUAGAGAAUGAUCACGAGCACAUUCUGGAAGCGGUACACCAAGCUGCGCGGAAGGUGAUGGGAACUGUGAAACAACAAAGGAAACCCAGUCAAGGAUGGUGGUCCGAAGAAAUGGCCGAUGCAGUAAAGGAAAAGGAGAGGGCAUAUAACAGUUGGCUGAGUCACAGAACAGCAGAGAGUAGGCGCGACUACAACAGAAGCAAGGCAGCAGGUCUGGCGAUUUCUAAGGAACUUAAAAACAAAUUAAAUCUAAUAACACUAAACGAACCAGCAAAUUAUUAUGAGAAGCUGCUAACAGAAACUAGACCACAGUUCACCAGUGGAGUAGUCAAUAUUGAGGCGACAAAUGGCGUAAGUGAAUCUAUAGAUGUUUCGCCUCAGCAAGUACGCAGAGCCAUUUAUUCUAUAAAGAACGGGAAAGCACCGGGUUCGGGAGAGCAAUGGAAGACAUCGUUUAUAACUUCACUGUACAAAAAAGAGGACAGGAAAGACAUGUCGAAUUAUAGAGGCCUGAGCGUGAACAGCACACUUAGUAGGCUCUUUGGCAAAAUAAUUAAGGCACUGCUGGAGGACAAAAUAGGAAGCACCGUGAGCGAAGAACAAAGUGGUUUUACUGCGGGACGGUCGUGUGUAGAUAAUCUGUUUGUGGUACAGCAACUGUUAAAAAAAAGAAUAGCCAAAGAUCUAGAAACGCAUAUAACCUUUAUAGAUCUGAAGAAGGCAUACGACUCAGUGCCUAGAAAUAGGUUAUGGCAGGUGUUGUGCGAUAUCGGAAUAAAUUCCAACAUAAUCCAAGUGAUACAGGAGAUGUAUGCAAAAAACAAAGCUUACAUUAAAGAAGGGACAAGGCUCUCCAGACCAUUAAUACCCACUAAAGAAUUACGACAGGGAUGCAGCUUAUUGCCCACAUUGUUCAAUAUCUAUCUUGAAGCAGUUUUAAAGAAAUAG